CCAAGAACGAGUUUUAACACAAAUUAAGAUUGAUAGAAAAUGAUGUGAUUGAUUAAGCUUAUAAAGUUAAAAUAAAAUGUUUAUAAUAAAGUAGUAUAAGACGGCCUCGACCUCUUGGUGACGGCCUUGAUGGAGGCAUUGGACCUUGUAGUCAACUCAGUACAUGGCAUUUUGCGGCGAGCAACGUCGACGACUUGAUGGAGGUUUAGACAAGUCGGAGUCAAAAGAAACGGACUCGAUAGGCAAAAAGGACUGCCAUGAUUAUGAUUGGAGUCCCUGGCAAAGUUUGGCCGAGUUCAACUAACUCACACCUAAUUUCUGAACAAGGCCUACGAUUUAUAAAAAACUGUAUGGAACUGCACUAAUUCCCUAAUUUAAACAGAUCAACUGGCCUCAAUGUAUGUUUGAAAUUCAUGUGAGCCAGUCAAUACUGCAUUUUAUAACAGCUUCAGCUAUUUAUAUAACGGAAUUAUUUAAAGUUGACACCAAUAGAGGACUAGAAGAGUGCAGAGUGCAUAACGCUGAGAACAAGACCAUGUUUUACCAGAUGCUCGCUGCCAUUCUCCAAGCACUUCUUAUAGCUCAGAUGAUUCAUGGGCAAAGCGAUAAGGAAGUUCUUGUUCAGCUCAAGAACUUCCUGCAGGUGCAAAACCCGAUAAACCACGGCGCUUACGUCAGCUGGUCGGAGUCAGAGGCCUCGCCGUGCCAUUGGAAAGGUGUUGGGUGUGAUGAUGCCGGGCAUGUGAAUUCCCUCGAUCUUUCGAACUCAAACAUCGCAGGUCCAUUAUUCAGAAACUUCUCACGCAUCAUGCGGCUUACCCACCUAAACCUUUCAUCAAACAGCAUCACUGGUGAACUCCAGGAUGAUCUCAAACAAUGCCAGAGUCUCCAGCACCUCAACAUAUCCAACAACCUCAUUGGUGGCAUCCUUGAUUUGUCCAGCCUGACCAACCUUCAGACACUAGACGUAUCCCAAAAUCGGUUUCAGGGAAGGAUAGACAGAAACUUCCCGGGAAUAUGCGGCAACCUCACUUUCCUCAGUGUCUCCAGCAACAGCUUCACAGGCAGGAUAGAUAAACUAUUUGACGGCUGCCCAAAGCUCAAGCAUGUUGAUCUCAGCUGGAACGGCUUCACCGGCAUGGUCUGGCCAGGCAUUGAAAGGCUUAGACAGUUCAAGGCCAACAACAACAACCUCACAGGGAGAAUUUCUCCUGGCAUGUUCACAGAAGGGUGCAAAUUGCGCUCACUGAACAUUGCUAUCAACUCAUUGCACGGUAGCUUUCCAAGCUCCAUUGGCAAUUGCUCUAACAUGAAAUUCCUUUCACUAUGGGAAAACAGCUUUUAUGGAUCUAUACCACCAGGAAUUGGUUCGAUUGCACGGCUUGAGGAGCUGGUCCUUGCAAGCAACAGCUUUGAUGGAAUUAUUCCAAUGGAGCUGACAAACUGUACCAACCUGAAAUAUUUGGACAUCAGUGACAACAAUUUUGGUGGAGAGGUGCAGGAUGUCUUUGGGAAACUAACAUGCAUGAGGAGUCUGUUACUCCAAGAGAACAACUAUACUGGUGGCAUUACCUCAUCCGGGAUUCUCCAGUUGCCGAAUCUAAUUGUGCUUGACCUAUGCUACAACCAAUUCUCCGGUGAUUUACCCAGUGAAAUCAGCAGCAUGAAGAAUCUCAAGGUUCUCAUGCUUGCUGAAAACAACUUCUCUGGUAAAAUACCACCAACAUAUGGUCAGCUUCUCAGGCUCCAAGUAUUGGACUUGUCCUUCAACAGUCUUUCUGGUGAGAUUCCACCAGACAUUGGUAACCUAUCAUCACUUCUCCUUUUGAUACUUGCUGGGAACCAAAUUUCAGGUGAGAUCCCAAGGGAGAUAGGAAAUUGUACCAGCUUAGUUUGGCUUAACCUUGCUGGAAACCAGCUAAUGGGGCAAAUCCCACCAGAGAUGGCAAAUAUAGGGAGCAAUCCAAGCCCAACAUUCAUGGAGAAUCGAAAGAACCCAGAACUUUUGGAAUCUAUCACCAGCAAAUGUGUCGCUGUAGAGUGGCUUCCAUCAAGUUAUCCAGAAUUCAACUUUGUUCAGUCCCUGAUGAUGUCUCAGAAGAACUGCCAAACCAUAUGGAAUCGACUCGCCAUGGGGUAUGACGUACUUCCAAUAUCUUCACCACUGCGAACAGCAUUAGGAUAUGUUCAGUUGUCAGGAAAUCUGCUGUCUGGAGAGAUACCAUCUGCUAUUGGUACAAUGAAGAACUUCAGUUUGCUCCUUCUUGAUGGAAACCGACUCUCUGGACACCUACCAGCAGAGAUUGGUCAUCUUCAACUUGUUGCUUUGAAUAUCUCAAGCAAUUUUAUUUCUGGUGAAAUUCCCUCUGAGAUUGGUCAUAUGGUAACACUUGAAAGCCUUGAUCUGUCAAGUAAUAACUUCUCUGGUGCACUCCCAUCAAACCUUAACCAACUCACUAAACUGAGUAGGUUCAAUUUGUCAUACAAUCCGCUUCUCUCAGGGAAUGUUCCAAGCAGUGGGCAGCUCUCCACCUUUGAUGAGCAAUCUUUUCUGGGAGAUCCACUGUUGUCUUUGAAUGUAACAGCAGGUUCCAGUUCUGAUUCUAGUCCAAGGGAGUUCUCAUCAUCUGACACAGAGGAGCAUCCUACAAACGAAGAGAUCAUGGUGACAACAAUUGCAUUCCUUGCAUUCUUUUCAGUCACAUUGCUUACCAGAGAAUUUCAUAUCUUCAUGUACUUGUACUUCACAGCAUCACGGAAAAUUGCCAACUGUAGGAUUAUUUGCACCUGAGUGCUAGAUAAGUUAAAUCACUUAAUAGAACAAAUACCUUUGAAAAGCGAAUGUGUCCCUUUAUGUUCCAUUUCUGAUUUCAAAUAUAAAUAUUUACUAGACAAUAUGGCAUGCUAGUUGGCAUGUAGUCACAUUGGACAAAUCAGUUCAAACGAAGCUGCUGAAAAGAUGACAAAGGACAUAUGCAACCGAAAAGGCUUGGUUGUGAAGAUUGGAGAAUCAGCAUUUUCGACCAAACCCCUCUAUAGUUUGUACCAGCAACCAUAAAUAAGUGCACUGUAACUAACCAUGCUGUAGAACUGAUAUUACUGUCGAUUUUAAAAAGUGACCAAACCAUAAUGUAGUAAUGUACUGCAUAAAACACUAUGAUAUCAAGUUCGGUGUCAGCACUGAUAAAGUUUCCAGCAAACAUGCUUCUUGUUGAUUGCAGUCUUCCUACCUUGCAUGGCAACGUGCCAACUCAAAGAGUUAUAAGUAGAGGAUCUCUUUUUCCAAAAACAAAUAGUAAGUUUACUGACAACUCAGUGCUCUUACAACAAUGUAAGCAUUUGGCAAUACGCCUCUUUUGUGAAUAAUAACCAUCCGCUUGACACUGGGAAUCUCCAAGGUUGGUCAAAAUUCACAAAUACAUCUGGCUAUAUAUGAAGAAUUGUUUCCCGCUGUACGUUUCUCUUCAACUGCAACUGCACAAGCUCCUAUCAAUGAAACAGCUGAUACCAUGAAAAUAUCAUUUAAUUUAGUCAAGAAAGAUGAAAUAAAUUGUAAAUUGCAGAACUAUUUAAUUCAUACGGAGUCUAAAUCAGCUCAAAGGAAAGAAGUGGACUCUAAAGCUUUGCAUUUUGAAAAAGCAUAGGUCAAUCAUACACCAUGGAAAUAUUAUUUUGAAUCAAGGUCUCAAGGAAGAAGCAAAUAAUACAAGUCUCAAUUGCAUAAUUAAAUCAGAUAUCAUAUAAUUAAGGAUGAACUGAAGGAUAUGCCCAUAUCUUAAAUAUAUCGGGAAUAUGUAGCAAAGAGAUAGAUACCCUACUCUAAUCAUGUAGACAGAGGUACUGCAUGAGCAGUUAUUCAACAGACAUUCAUGACUUCAUGUACCCAGUCCCAUCUCUUAGAGUGGAAGACUUCUACCAUGUAAAAAGGCAUGAGCAAAUGCAAAGGGUUCAGCCUGUAUAGUUAUUUGAUUCCAGUGCAAUAGAUAAUCAUUGCCAAUGCAUGUCUCUAGUCCAGAACUCCAGAUUGCCAUAUCAAUAAAUUUUGAAGUCACUAUUUAGCUGGUAAGUUGUGUUAAGUGAACCAGGCUCAAAGUCAUUGUACUCGGUGGAACUUAACCGUAGCACAAAUAACAACAUGAAAAUACUAUGACUUGUUUCUCUUGUCAUCUUAUCCAAUGUGUUGUAUUCAAUAGUAUCCACCUUGGAACUCACAUUUAAAGAAACCAUUUUGGAACAGGGGUACAUAGAAUGUCAGCUUGAUUGAGAUGGAUUUGUAUACAGCUAACUACCUUAGUAGAUGCACUUUCAAGAGUAUAUGCAUCUGUAGGAAGAGUUUGCUAUCAGGGUUUCCCUUACCAUUUACCGCCUGGUAACCGCGAUAAACUGAGAAAAACCGGACAAAAUUUACCAAAUUUUAUUUUUUUAAAAAAAAAAUACUUUUUAACGUGGUAGGGAUACCGGGCCUUUACCGUUACUGUGCCCUGGUGGUAAGCCUGGUUACCACAGUAACCAGUGGUAAGGGAAACCCUGAUUGUGGUUGUUAUUGCCUUUUGUUAUUGUAAAUUUUCCGCUACUUAAGGGAUUGGAUAAGGUAUCUCAGUUGCACUUAGGAGCACUAGAUGUUGUAUGUAGUUUUCUGACCAUCUAUAUCAUCAUCAACAAAACUUAUAUCUGAAGUUCUAAAUGUACUUCAGUUUGUAUAAUAGUGAGAACAUUUCUCAUUGAAUGUGAGCACAAAUUUCUACCAAGAUCAUUUUCUUGGUUGUGUUGGGGAUAGUCAGGUCACAGUCAUCUAGCCAUGGAUUUGAACUUUAUGAGAAAGCUGGUGAAUAACACAUGUGAUUGAAUAAUUUUUUUGCGAAAAUGGUGGGCCAGUCCCAAUCUAUCCAGUGUAGUGAGCACUAACUUAAAGCAUUAAUUCUAAGAGUCCCCUUUUAAACACUAAAGUUAAUAUAGUGAAAUUCCGAGCAUUUGACAGAUUCAAGAUAAGCAGUACCUUAGAGGACGUUUUGAGAUACGUUUUCACCUCAAAUCCAUCUAACCCUGAAUGAUGAACUCUUAGUUAUUCGGUUUAACUUUUAUCAAGAGGUUGUAACUAUAAUAAGUAAUAAGGUGCAUUAAAUUGGUCACAUAAAAAUGAAUCACAAAGCAUGUAAAGUAAAGGCAUCAUAUGCACAACCACAGAGGAGAAUUUUAAAUAAUAGAUCAGCAUGGGAGAGACUGAGUUUUAGAUGAACAUGUCAAUAAGUCAUGCUGAGAAAACAAUGUCAUGUUAAGGAUUACAUGAAUUCAUCAUCAACUGUCAAAGGAAUAAACAGCUAUAUUGUCAAGUAGAAAUAUGAACAAAGAAGGUCGAUGAUGCUUUAUCAUUAAAAGGCAUGGUCUAGAAUGCUUACCGAUGUGAUAGUGUACAUUCUUCAAUUUAUCCAAAUGCAUUCCUAUCUGAUCUGCACAUCCCAGAAAUAGCAAGCUCAAAGAACCACAAUAUCCUGAUUAAUCUCUAGAAGAACACUACUACUGAAUUCCUUAAUUAAAUUUCUCUGCAUCACAUGAUUACAUAUCUAACACUAAAUUGAGAUGCUUGUCCCAAAUAUUAGUUGUAUUUACCUUCCUGAUAAAAAUAUCCCAAGAAUCAUCAUCCAAGAAAUCCCGUCAACUUAAAACUACAAUUUCAAGAAUUUUGCUAACGAUAUCUUUAUGUAUUGACUAUUGAGUCAGAAAAGCUAUCAACCAAAAUUUGCAAAAGAAGCUUUGCUUGGACUGCAUCCUCUGGUCACCAUCUCAAAAACUGCAGCCCCUUCAUUUGGCUUCCCCGUUUUGCAUAAUCCCUUUAUCAAUACAUCAUAAGUCGUUGCAUUUGGUCCAUAUCCUCAUUCAACCAUCACAUUACACACCCGCCCAGCCUCCUAUAACUCCACAUUUUCACAUAAUCCUCAAAUAAGUGAAUUCUACGUUAACAGACUCGGUUUGAAACCCCUCUCGAGUUCAUCAACCAGGUUCCUUUCCUUGCAAACCAUUCCAUUCUUGCCCAACCAAUAGAUCAAUGUGCUUGUGACCACAUUAUCUGGUGGCACGUUCUUCUGUACCAUCCAUCUCCUCAUUUCAUAUGGCUCAUUUACUUUUCCACCUUGGCAUAGCACAUCAACAACUUUAGCACCUCACUUAUUUGCGUGCCUCAGCAGAUUUUGUGACCUCAUUCGGUUGUAACCUGGCCACAUCCAUAAUUUUGGCUGCAUGUUGGAGCAUUCCGCACUGGCAGUAACUGCCAAUGAGCAGAGUGUGCAUCGUAGCAUAUGGUCUACAGUCACUCGCAACUAUAUCAUCAUAAAGAUUUUGUGCACACUCAAGAUCCCCCUUUCCCACAGUGGACAGCAAGAACCGUGGUGUAGGUGACGGCAUCUGGGGCGAUCCCCAGGCCAGGCAUUUCAUCGAGUACCUUGAGGGCAGAAUCCAGGUCACCGAUGCCAACAAGCCCCUUGAGCAGGAAUGCAGGAUGUUGCGGUAGCCGAUAGACGAGAUUGGGUGUGAUGUAGAGGUUAGUAGGCACAUCGCAAGAGAGCGCGGCAGCAAAGCGGAGGCGGCGCGCGGAGAUGAGAGAAUGAAGGAGGCGGCGCGGCUAGGGCUGGACGGUCGAGGUGACGGUGUGGUGGGCGAGUGGCACGGUGGUGGUCUUUGCGGUGGAGAAAGAGAGGGCGGUGCAGCGUCGGCGUCGGCGGGCGUACACUAACAGCGGCGGCAUGGGCGGAAGGAAGGGAAGAGACAAAUUCACAGGGGCUGUUCUUAAAAUUCCAUAAAACAUUCUACAAUAGGGCCACUCUGUAAAUUCCCAUUUUUCUCUUUGUGAAAUCAUGAAAGCCCUCACUGUAAGUGAAGAAAACUACCUCGUUUGUUCAUUAUAAGAUAUUUUGGGUUUUAAAUAGAUUAAUGCACGGGUU